AUGACAGGAAAUCACGAAUAUAAGCAAGAUAGCUUGGAUAAUAGUCCUCUCCAGAAAUUUGGUAAAAGUGAAAAUGAUGAGAUUAAUGUUGUUACUGGGAUAAACCGAAUUAUGAACACAAAAACAACCAUAGAAAAAAUUUCCUUACACACAGAGGCUGAAUAUAACUGUUGUAAAAAAGAGGAUGAAAUUAAAGUUAAGUGUGACGGGAAUUACUCAAUUGAACAAGAUGGCAAUGCAAAUAGUUCAAAUAACAUUUCAGAAUAUACAGUUCAAGGCGAAGUUUAUUCUUGCAUGGAGCCGGUAAUCUAUGAUAAGAACAAUAAUAAUAUCACUGUUCUUGUAACUGGUGCAACCGGAUUUAUUGCAUCGCAUGUUGUAGAACGAUUAUUGCUCAGAGGGUAUAAAGUUCGUGCAACAACGAGAUCGAAGAAUAAUCAAAAUUCCGAUAUUCUUUUAGAUUUCCAUUUUGCCAACGAAAACUUGACAUUAUGUGAAGCAGAGUUAUUAAAUAGUGAAUGUUGGAAAGAAUUGGUCAAAGGGUGUAAUAUUGUGAUUCAUUGUGCAUCACCAUAUAAAAUGGAUUGCAGUGAUCCAUAUGAAAUUAUCAAUCCUGCAAUUAUUGGAACAAAGAAUGUUAUUCAUGCAUGUUGUAUGUGUGAUGAUGUCAAAACUGUUGUUUUGACCUCAUCAAUUGCUGCAGUUGUGGGGGCCUAUAAAGAUGGGAAAGUAUAUUCUGAAAUUGAUUGGAAUGACGAUUGUGAUCCUUUGAUACACCCCUAUUUAUACAGUAAGGUUGAAGCGGAGAAAAUAGCUUAUAAAGUGGUGGAUGAAUGCCGAAAAUCACUCAAUUUAAUAGUUGUGAACCCAGGUAUGGUAAUUGGUCCUUCAUAUAGAAAUGAAAUUAAUCAAUCAGUUCAAUGGAUUUAUAAUAUGAUUACUGGUAGAAUGCCACUGACUGUAGACUUACAGACAGGUUGGGUUGAUGUUAGAGAUGUUGCAGAAAUACACAUUAGGCUUUUUGAAUCUGGUGAUUUUUCUGGUAGAUUUAUUUGUAUUGAAGGAAUGUACACAUUUCUUGAUGUAUCCAGAAUGAUAAAGCAUACUUCACCUCAAUUUAACCCACCUAAUCAUUGCCUCCCUACCUUAAUAGCUAAAAUGGUUCUUCCUUUAUUUGCUUCAAAAAACGAAAGGGACUUUUUGAAAAUAUCGCUAGGGAAAAGAAUAUUACUCAGCAACGGUAGGUUAUUAUCACAUUUCCCUAAUUACAGGUUUCUACCGACUUUUGAAUCUGUAAAAGAUACAUGUAAUGACCUAUCAAAUAAGUUUGAUAUCAAGAAGUAA